GGCCGGAGAGCAGGGGCGCGAGCUCUCUGCGCCUCUCCCCCGCCUCCUCCUGCCGUCACCGCCGCUGCCCGUGCGGUGCAAGCAGCAGCCGGAGCUGCCAAGCGCCAGGGCCGCGGAGAUGUCGUCGUCGUCGCCGCCGGCGGGGGCUGCCAGCGCCGCCAUCUCGGCCUCGGAGAAAGUGGACGGCUUCACCCGGAAAUCGGUGCGCAAGGCGCUGAGGCAGAAGCGCUCCCAGGGCUCGUCGCAGUUCCGCAGCCAGGGCAGCCAGGCGGAGCUGCACCCCUUGCCCCAGCUCAAAGAUGCCACUUCAAAUGAACAACAAGAACUCUUCUGUCAGAAGCUGCAGCAGUGUUGUAUACUGUUUGAUUUCAUGGACUCUGUUUCAGACUUGAAGAGCAAAGAAAUAAAAAGAGCAACACUGAAUGAACUGGUUGAGUAUGUUUCAACUAAUCGUGGUGUAAUUGUUGAAUCAGCGUAUUCUGAUAUAGUAAAAAUGAUCAGUGCUAAUAUCUUCCGUACGCUUCCUCCAAGUGAUAAUCCAGAUUUUGAUCCAGAAGAGGAUGAACCCACACUUGAGGCCUCUUGGCCUCACAUUCAACUCCUGGAGCUUUUUGAUAGUGAAGAUCCCAGAGAACGUGACUUCCUGAAGACUGUUCUGCAUCGAAUUUAUGGAAAGUUUCUUGGAUUAAGAGCAUUCAUCAGAAAACAAAUUAACAACAUUUUCCUCAGGUUUAUAUAUGAAACAGAACAUUUCAAUGGUGUUGCUGAACUCCUUGAAAUAUUAGGAAGUAUUAUCAAUGGCUUUGCACUGCCACUGAAAGCAGAACAUAAACAAUUUCUAAUGAAGGUUCUUAUUCCUAUGCAUACUGCAAAAGGAUUAGCUUUGUUUCAUGCUCAGCUAGCAUACUGUGUUGUACAGUUCCUGGAGAAAGAUACAACACUAACAGAACCAGUGAUCAGAGGACUGCUGAAAUUUUGGCCAAAAACAUGUAGUCAGAAAGAGGUGAUGUUUUUAGGAGAAAUUGAAGAAAUCUUAGAUGUCAUUGAACCAACACAGUUCAAAAAAAUUGAAGAGCCACUUUUUAAGCAGAUAUCCAAAUGUGUUUCCAGUUCUCAUUUCCAGGUUGCAGAAAGAGCAUUGUACUUCUGGAAUAAUGAAUAUAUCCUUAGCUUGAUUGAGGAGAAUAUUGAUAAAAUUCUGCCAAUUAUGUUUGCCAGUUUGUACAAAAUUUCCAAAGAACACUGGAAUCCGACCAUUGUAGCAUUGGUAUACAAUGUGCUGAAAACCCUAAUGGAAAUGAAUGGCAAGCUUUUUGAUGACCUUACUAGCUCAUACAAAGCUGAAAGACAGAGAGAGAAAAAGAAGGAAUUGGAACGUGAAGAAUUAUGGAAAAAACUAGAGGAGCUAAAGCUAAAGAAAGCUCUAGAAAAACAGAACAGUGCUUACAACAUGCACAGUAUUCUCAGCAAUACAAGUGCCGAAUAAAAAAAAGCCUACCGCCUUUGCUGGAUAGGCAGUUUUGUACACUUUUUGAAAUAUGUAAAAAUUGCAAAACAAACCUCAUCAGUAUAAUUAAAAGGCCAAUUUUUUUCCUGGCAACUGUAAAUGAAAAAAAUAUAUGGACUAAACAUAGCCCUGUGCUGUAUCAUGGCCACAGUAUAUUGUAACCUUUGUCUAAUCGUUGAUUUAUUGUGUCACUUCUGAAGUUUCACAAAAAUGAAUGAAUUUUAUCAUCUAUGAGUGAGAUAAUUAUGGGAGUGGUAAGAAUUAUGACUUGAACUCUUUUUUGAUUGUGUUGCACAUAGACAUAGUCCGCUCUGUAUAUUUUUCCCUUUUAUAAUGUGCUUUUCACAUUGCUGCAGACCUUAGUUACAUCCUAGGAAAAAGAAUACUUCCUGAAACAAAACUAAGGUAUCCCUAUUCUUUUCUGUCUGUCUCUCCCAGAAAUAUGAUGGGAAUUAUCUAUCCGAAGCCCUCCCUCAAUAAAGAUAUUACUUUACUUUGGAAUUUGAGUAAAACCUUAAGUCUCCAGGCUUUUUAAAGCACAAAAUAUAAAUAAAAGCUGGGAAAGUAAACCACAAUUCUUCACAUUGUUCCUCAUGAAUAUCCCCUUUCAUCUGCAACUCCCCAGAGUGAUGAACACAGAUCGAUAGAGGCAGCUCAGGUGAACACCUUGCUCGCCUCUCAAUUCAUUCCUCCUCCUCUUGAAGGCUGAAAGCAGGGCCUUUCCAGUCCUCACAACCUGCCAUUCCCCGAGUCCCUCCUGACCCAGGGAUGAAGCUUUGAGUACCACAGUGUGGUGAUGCAGAGCGCUAGUUGUCACUGCCUGGCUUUAUUUAAAGAAAUGCUUCCUCUGUAGAGUUCUGGGAAAGUUGACUAUAUGGAGGUCCUAUAUGUUUUUACUUGGUCAAGUAUUCCUCACAUCUUUUGUUACCAGAGUACCAUUCCAAUCUCUUAACUUGCAGUUGUGUGGGAAACUUUUGUAAUGAUAGAUCUUCACUGGGGAUUGAGCAGCAUUUAAUAAAGUCUAUGUUUGUAUUUUGCCUUA